AAAAGGCCAAGAAGCCUGACAAGGGCCAAGUCUCCAGGCAGAGAGGGAGUCAUUUCAUUGGCGCUUGAAUCAGCAAAGAAGUCAAGAUGGCCAAAGUUCCUGACCUCUUUGAAGACCUGAAGAACUGUUACAGUGAAAAUGAAGAAUACAGUUCUGAAAUUGACCAUCUUACUCUGAAUCAGAAAUCCUUCUAUGAUGCAAGCUAUGACCCACUUCAUGAGGACUGUACAGAUAAAUUCAUGUCUCCGAGUACUUCUGAAACCUCUAAGACACCCCAGCUUACCCUCAAGAAGAGUGUGGUGAUGGUGGCAGCCAAUGGGAAGAUUCUGAAGAAGAGACGGUUGAGUUUAAAUCAAUUCCUCACUGCUGAUGACCUGGAAGCCAUUGCCAACGAAGUAGAAGAAGAAAUCAUGAAGCCCAGAUCAGUAGCACCCAACUUCUAUAGCAGUGAAAAAUACAACUAUCAGAAGAUCAUCAAAUCCCAAUUCAUCCUGAAUGACAACCUCAGUCAAAGUGUAAUCCGAAAAGCAGGGGGAAAAUACCUCGCAGCCGCUGCAUUACAGAAUCUGGAUGAUGCAGUGAAAUUUGACAUGGGGGCUUAUACAUCGAAAGAAGAUUCUAAGCUUCCUGUGACUCUCAGAAUCUCAAAAACUCGACUGUUUGUGAGUGCCCAAAAUGAAGAUGAGCCUGUAUUGCUAAAGGAGAUGCCUGAGACACCCAAAACCAUCAGAGAUGAGACCAACCUUCUCUUCUUCUGGGAACGUCAUGGCAGUAAGAACUACUUCAAAUCAGUUGCCCACCCAAAGUUGUUCAUUGCCACACAGGAAGAAAAACUGGUGCACAUGGCAAGAGGGCUACCCUCUGUCACUGACUUUCAGAUACUGGAAACCCAGUCUUGACUCUGGAGUCUACUUCCUUGUGAAGUGUUUACAGUCCAUAUGUACUAUGUACAUGGAGGAGUCAAAUCUUUUACUCUUAGUCACCUGCUGAGCAUGUGCUGAGCCUUUGUAAUUCUAAAUGAAUGUUUACUCUCUUUGUAAGAGAGUGAGCAAACUCUAAUGGAACCAACAUCAACAUAUAAUGUUAUUUGUUAUUUAAAGAAUACCCUAUACUUGAAAUACAAAUCAAAACCACCAUGAGAUACCACCUGACACCUGUCAGAAUGGCUAACAUUAACAACUCAGGC